AUGCCAGCCAGCCAGCUCCGAGUGCACAGCUGGUCGGCUGACAGGGCGCCGAGGGGAAUGCUAAUGAGCCGAGCUGGUAUCCCAGGCAGCCGGCCAACUGAAAGCCUGCCAAGACGCCGGGGUCCAUGCCAGGCUUUCCACUUCAAUGAAACUGAGGGGGAUUGGUGGGGGUCACCCCCCCCAACCCCCGGGGUCAGGGAUGAACGCUCAUCGCGGGACACGUUGAGUCUGGCCGCAUUGACCCCCCUCGGCCGCCCCUCCGUCAACACACCGGAAGCCGGCAAACUGAAGCAUGUGACCAGAACGCUUGGGGAGAUGGAGGAGACCGUGUCCCCCCGCCACGUCCCCUCCCCAACGCCCGCGCCCGGACACAGCGACCCCCCGGCCGAGGAGGACUGCCCCGAGCCUCUGUGGCCCGAGGGCGGGAUGGGCAUCUCCGAUCUGGACUACGAGGAGCUGGACCUGCAACGUUUCUUCAACGGGCCCGGCCUGGGCCUGGGCCUAGGCUCCCCUACUCCUACUCCUCCUCCUCCUCCUCCUCCUCUGGCGGCCUCGGCCAGCGGCGAUCCCGAGGGCGGCCUCUCCCGCAAGUUCCCCUGCCCCGUCUGCGGCAAGCGCUUCCGCUUCAACAGCAUCCUGUCGCUGCACAUGCGGGUCCACACGGGCGAGAAGCCUUUCCGCUGCCCUUACUGCGACCACCGGGCGGCCCAGAAGGGCAACCUGAAGAUCCACCUGCGCACCCACCGGCCCCCCGGCCCCGCCGGGGAGAGCCGCCUGCUGCUGGAGCUGGAGGAGCGGGCCUGCCUGCGGGGGGAGCGGCUAGGCCGAGGCCUGACCCAGGCCCCGGGCCUGGUGGAGGAGGAGGAGGAGGAGGCGCCGCCGCCGUCGGGCCUAGCGGGGGUGGCUCGGGGAGCGGGGAGCGGCCCUCCUCCUCCGCCUCCUCCUCCGCCUCCGCCCCUCCUCCCCGGCCCGCCGGGUUUCCGCUGCGCCUUCUGCAAGGGCAAGUUCAGGACGGAGGAGGAGCUGGAGCGCCACGUCCGCAUCCUGCACCGGCCCUACAGGUGCACCCUCUGCCCCUUCGCCGCCGCCCUGGAGGUCCGGCUGAUCGAGCACCUGGAGGAGGCCCACCUGGCGCCCGGCCUCCGCCCGCAGCCGCAGAGCCCCUCCCCCGCCCAGGGGCCCGGCCCACCCGCUCCCCCUCCCCCUCCCCCACCUCCACCUCCCCCUCCCCCACCUCCCCCUCCCCCGCCCCCGCCCCUGCCGGCCUUCCGCUGCCAAGUGUGCGGCCAGGGCUUCACCCAGUCCUGGUUCCUCAAGGGCCACAUGCGCAAGCACAAGGACUCCUUCGACCACGGCUGCCAGGUGUGCGGCCGGCGCUUCAAGGAGCCCUGGUUCCUCAAGAACCACAUGAAGGUCCACCUCAACAAGCUGGGCCUGAGGCUGGCCCACCCCCGCCCCGAGAGGCGGAGGGGGGCGCCCCCGGCGGCCGGAGCCGUGCAGGCCGGUCCGGGCCCCGGUCCCGGCAACCCCCCGGCCCCGGGGGCCGAGGCCUGGGGGCGGGGCCUGCUGGCCUACGGGGCCUUCUUCUCGGGCCUGCUGCAGGCCGCCGGGCCUGGGCCUGGGCCUGGGAGGAGGCCGGGCCAGUGCCCCAGCUGCGGGCGGCUGCUCAGGACCCACCAGCAGGCGGCGGCCCACGCCCGGGCCCACCGGAAGGGGCGCACCGGCGACGGAGACGGAGACGGAGACGGAGAAGCGCGGCGGCCGCGGGCGCGGCGGCCGCGGACGCGGCGGCGGCGGGGAGGGGCGGCCCACCAGGCCGGCUCGGGGCCCGGGGGCCGGAUCGCCCUCUCCGAGGGGAGGGGCCGCGCCCCACCACCAGCGGGGUCGCCCGGCGACAGAGGAGGAGCUGGCGGCCUCCCACCCGGACCUCGAGGGGAGUGGGGCUUCAGGCUGCCCGUGGAUCGGGGGAGGGGCCUCGCUGCCAGGGACUGUGCCUACUGCGGGAAAGUCUUUCGAUCGUCUCACCACCUCAAAGUCCACCUGCGGGUGCACACAGGUGAGCGACCCUACAAGUGCCCUCACUGCGACUACGCCGGGACUCAGUCGGGCUCCCUGAAGUACCACCUGGAGCGGCACCACCGGGAGCAGCGGAACGGGGGGAGCCCGGAUCCGGGGCCCGGGGAGUUGGGGGGCGGGGCGGGGAGGAGGAGGGGGCCGGGACCAUCCUGCCAGGGGCUGGCCUGCCUGCGCGGGCCGAGCGGCUGCGGCCUGGGUCCCCGCCCCAGAGGCCGGGGGGGGCCCGGGCUGCUGGAGCCGGAGCCGCUGGACCUGUCGCUCAGAGCGGCCGAGCUGCGAGGCUGCCGGGCCUGCUCCUUCGAGACCUCCUCCGAGGAGCUGAUGGGCCUCCACUUGCGGGUCAAGCACACCGGCAAGGCGCGUCGGCGGCGGCACCACCACCGGGGGAGCGGUCCCGGGGACGGGGCUCCACUCGAGGCCGGGGAUCCGGGCGCGGCAUGCGGCCGGGCGACGGCGGCUGCGCUGCGGGGAGGGGGCGGGGCCCUGACGCAGUUGGCUCCGGGCUGCUCAGCGGCGGCGCCAGGGGAGGUGGGCGGGGCGGUGACGGCACAGGGGGAGGGCGGGGCCAUGUCGCCGUUCGCUGGGGGCGAGGGGGCGGGAGGAGCGAGGGGGCCGCGCCGGGUUGGAGGAGCGAUGAUGACGCCCCGCGAGGAGGGCGGGGCGACGACGACGACGCAAUGGGUGGAGGGCGUGGCGGUGAAGGCACCAGAGGUGGGCGGGGCGGUGACGGCACAAGAGGAGGAGGGCAGGGCCGUCACGCUGGAGGGGCUGGGUGGGGACACUACGUCACGAGAAGAGGCGGGCGCUGUGGUGACGCGUUUGGAGGUGGGCGUGGCCUGUCCGCAGUCUCCGCCCCCUUUGGCUCCGGCCCCGCCCCCGCUCCUUGUGCCCCUGGAGUCCUAG